AGAGCAGACGGUGAGGAGCCGAGAGACAGUGUGAGCUUUGGUGUCACGCAGAACGGACGGGAAGGAGAGAAUGCAAGAUUUGGGCUCAGGGGUCCGACGUCUUGUACACUUUGCAUAGAGAAAAAAAAACUGAACAGGACUUGAAUUUAAAAAAAAAAAAGUUAAGAAGGAGGCAAAGGAAAAUAAUGAGCUAACAGAUAAAUUCAUCUGUGGUUCUGAGAAUUGGUGAUAUUGGACACUGGCGACGUGAAAAAGGCCUGGUGACCGAGGACCCGAAAUGUAAGAAACGUCAUCAAGAUUCGUCUCAUAAAACGGACCUGGCUGAAAGCGUGAGUACUGUCAUCCUGCGAAGUAUUUCAUCAGCUGUGAGGAGAACAACAAGCGAUCCAAGGCGUACUACUGAGAUCUGGACUCGAGUUUGGACCCGAAGCCGGUGUUUCACGCUACACCGCACAUAUGGAAGGAUUUACGCUGUCUGAGGUCCAUCAGCACACGCCGACGCUUCUCCCAGAAUGCUGUGCUUCCCUGGUUAUUCGCCCCUAUGGGUGCAUUCAGGCCUGAUCUGCUUCCCGUCUCCAUGGCUGAGAUUCCAGGGGCUGUUCAGGCAGCCCCCCACGAGGAGCACACUGGCUCUGGGGACGCUGCCGAAGUGGAAUGUCCCAUUUGCUACCAGGAGUACAACCAGGGGGGGAAAUGCCCCCGCAUGCUGGAGUGCCUGCAUGUCUUCUGCACCGAGUGUCUGCAGAGGAUUCAUUUGUGCCCCCCACAGCCUCUAGGUUCCUGCGGCCCGCCGUCCAUACCCUGCCCCCUGUGCCGUCACCCCACCCCCCUGGAAGCUGGCGAUGCCCUCUCGCUGCCCUGCAACUCGCGCAUCCUGGCACGCCUGCCCCCCGGUGCCUUCCGUGUGCCAGUCUCCUCCGCCAGGCAGCUGACCACCGUCACCCAGCGGGUGGUGGUCUCCCUGGAGGCCCGGGAUGCUCGCUUCAUCAUCCUGCCCACAGUCAGCCUGCGUGUGGAGCAGAUGAGGACCAGGGAGGAGGGCCGACCCACGGUGCCCCCUGGUGGCGAAGGAGUGGGUUUACAUCAAAACAGGCGGGCCCUACUCUUUGUUCAGCUUUUGGCUAUUACACUUUGGGUCCUGUUUGUCAUGAUCUGCGUUAUUGGGGUGGUGUUCGGGCCCAAGAUAUUCCAAAACUAGGAAGUUAGACACUGGCCAAUAAAUUUCCUCAAAAUGCAACUCAACUGUUACGCAGAUAUUAUAUUACAUUGCUUAACCAAGAAUCAACUCCUUGAUUUAAAGUUUAUGGAUGUCAGAAUCAUUGUAAAACUUAAUGAAAUGUUGGCUCAUUAGUUUUAGUCUAAAAUGGAAACCGGGAAGCAAAUAUGAUGCAAUGAAAGUUAAAUACUUUGCUAUAUCUGGUCGUUUAAUGAGUCACCAAUAGUAAAUAUCUCUUUUUCAGUUUUUAGCUUCUCCUAUUGCAGGAAGUUCCCGAAAUUUUUUCGAAAUGUUGACUAGUUUUUUUUUUUAUGUUUGCAAAAGUCUUGCACAGAUGGGAAAUGCAGUAAUGAGUAUAUAAUGCAUUUACUUUAUUUACGUCAUCCCCAAGCAUUAAAAGGUCUGGCGGUCCUACAAACACACAUUAUACAAUAAAUUUUUCAGCCACUGGAUCUAUUCAGAAGAAUAACCUGCUCUUCAAAGAAACAUUCGCCUGAACAGGGACUUGAACCCUGGACCCUCAGAUUAAAAGUCUGAUGCUCUACCGACUGAGCUAUCCAGGCUUACAGCAGACCCAUCUGAAUGCUCUUUAGCUGUACCUUUAAAAGAUUUUUUGUCACAGUUGUAAUUAUUACAUUUGUUAAAUCCUGAAUUAUGGGUAAAUAACAUAAUGACACAUAUUGAAUAUGAUGUGAAAACAUGAUAAUUGCAUCUGCAAAGCGACCAUAAUUCUUAAUUUCAUUAGACAGCGUAAUCAAAAUACUUUCAAAAUACUAUUUAUUUGCAUUAUUUAUUUCAUGCAAAUUGCUGAACAAACAGAUGCAUUGAUGUUACUUUAAGUGGUUUAUUAUGUCUGAAACAAAUAAUUUGGGUAGCAGCAACCUGUCCUUCGCAUGCCUUAGCUUUAUCCCUGGUGUCUGAUUGGUUAAUGUGCAAAAAUCCAUGCAGCUAAAUAAUAACUUUUUUUUAUCUCAGUUUAAUAAAAAUUAUGUGUGAGGUGGGAGCCCAUUCUGUGCUGAUGCUUCUCUCAGAAUCAGAUUAGGGUUUGAAUGAUUUUCCUAGUUAACUCGUACUUAUUUUCAUAUAGUUCACUAUAUAGUCUUUAUAUUUCUUACUUUUUAUGAUUCUUCCUCCUUUCCUUGCUACUUGCUUCCGUCACCCAUUUCUCCCUCACAUCCUGUUCUUUUAUCUCUCUCAUGCUCGCCAUCUGACUGCCAGGUUCCAGGAGCCUGUGUGAAGACCUUAGAUUAAGGGCCGGCUUCCCUCAGGGCG